AUGGCCGUCGGCACAGACGUUACUGAGAUCGCAGACAGUGAGGAAGAGCCACUGACGUCUUCGCCUGCUGCUCUUCCAGAUGCAGCUGCUGACAAGCUUUCCACAACAGCUGGUCAAGACGCCCAAGCUGUGACUUGGCUUCACCAAGAUCCUGCCAGAAGCAUUGCCAAUGAAGCCUCGAGCCGCACCGACGGCUUGGAUGUCGACCAGGCAGAAUCUUCGGCAAACGUUGAGACGGCGCUGGUCGAUCACAUUGAUCUACAACCUGCACUACAGACAGGUACUAACGUUGCCAGCGCGUGCACCACGAAGAAUAGAAUGCAAGCAGCCGCUUCUGCAUCACAGGUCACUGUAGCUGCCUUUGGUGCAGACCACCACACUGGCAGCAUCGAUCCGGUUGGAACAGACGGUGAGGACAGCGUUGGAAAAGAUACAGCACACUCGCCUGAAACUGGGAUUUCAAUACAGCACGAUGAGCACAUGUCCAUGCCGACAAACACCCAAGGCAAGUGGAGGGACCGUCAGAAAGACAUACACCGGCCAAGCUUUCCGGAACAUUUGUCUGAUAGUCCUAUCCGCACGAGUGUUGAGCGAGUCAACAUUCCAAGUGAACGUUUACCAACAUCUUCCUCGCAAGAGGACGAAGCAUGUGGCAACCUCGCAGCGAUUCCUGAAUCAAGAGUCAACGAUCCUGCAAACCUUUUCAACGAUCAGCAGGACCCCAGCCAAGGUCACGCAGCUACGAGUCAUAUCAUCAAGACAGGAAACGACAAUAGCGAAACUUCGGUUGGACGAACUCAGCAUGCUAUAGUUCUUGCAUCUUUAAUCGGACCGCCAGUAACCACUACCACAAAGCGACCGCAUUUCAACGUCAACACCGACACUCCUGUUACCGCUACUGGAGACACCUCAAAUUGUAUGGACUUGGAUCAUCUACCAGCGGCUACCGACUCGACAACAUCCCACACCAACUCAAACCAAACAACAUUAGGCGUAGCUGCAACAAGACCUGGUCUCCAUGAUGAUUACAACGUAUCGGAAAAUCUGGAACCCUGUUCUCUUGCCAGAUGUACACCAGCACUAGCGUCACCACCUGAUGACGAGCCUAAUCCCAGUGAAAACGAUUACGGGAUGAGUGGUAACGGAAAUCUUCCACGUACUGCGGCAGAUCCAAAUACGGCAGCAACUUCACAUGAGCCUCAUGCUAAACAGCAGACGAGCAUUGAUUCGAUCUUCGGAACUCGGGCUUCAGCCAUGAGUGUUAAUGUCAAUCAAUCUAAACAAGCAACAGCAGACACGCCAGCUGAGCAGAGUUCCGAGAAGAGACCAGUUCUUGAGGAAUGGCGUCUGAAGUCAGAGACAAAGCAAGCGUUAGAGCCUAUAAUUCAGAGUGGGGUAGCAGAAGUCCACUCGCACCGAGAGGACGACACCAACGUCGGAGUCGAUUCAAGCUUGGCGUCCACGGCGCCUGCAACACAUGCACAAUCGCAAUCAAGUCUUUCACAAACCAGCGAGCCAGCCUCACCACGCCCCGUCGCCAAAUUAACACCCCAAGAGAUCACACUCGCCGAGCUCAAGGCGCAAAAAGCCGUUUUGCUUGCCUCUCUAGUUGCAUUACCAGCGAUUCAAGUGCUCAUUGAAGAGAACCAGACCUUUGGCGCUGAUAUGUCCGACGAUGACGGCGAACCUACCGAGGCCGACGUCACGGCUGCUGCGAACAAGAUGGUCAAGGAACACAUCAAGCUACUGCACGAGUACAACGAGCUGAAAGACGUCGGACAGGGGCUAAUGGGUCUCAUUGCUGAUCAGCGCGGUGUAAGGAUUGUAGAAGUCCAAGAUGAGUUUGGUCUUGAUGCAAACGACUGA